AUGUCCGCACCCCCUUCGUCUGAUGCACCUUGGUCAUUGAAUGGCAAGACUGCCAUUGUGACAGGAGGCUCUCGCGGUAUUGGGCAAGCUAUUUCCAUUCACUUGGCACGCAAGGGCCUUACCAAACUGGCGAUCACAUACGCAAGCAACAUCGAGGCUGCAGAGGAAACUCUGAAGAGAUGCCAGGAACUCGGUGUGGAGCAAGCAAUCGCCAUCAAAGCAGACGCGCUUGAUCCUCAGUUUGGACCGAAAACCAUUGCCGAGGUCGUCAAAAGACUAGACACUACAGUUGUCGAUAUCCUCGUUAACAAUGCCGUCUUGGCUGACCCUGCCAAGGCAUUACCGAUUAAAGACACAACCUUGGACGUGUUUCUCGAGAUAAUGCAGGCAAACGUUUACGCUCCGGUUUCAAUCACAACGGCCCUGCUACCUCAUCUUCCCGACUACGGAGGCCGAGUGAUAAACAUCUCAAGCGUUCUAGCCUACCAAGCCAAUAGCGAUCCGACUGUCGCCUAUGGAGCUAGCAAAACCGCUCUCCAGAGCUACACCCGAGCCUUUGCCGAAAACUUCUCCAAGUUGAAGAAAGCAACGUUCAACAGUGUCAUUGUGGGCCUAACAGCCACAGACUCGAUCAAAGCCAGCCAACACAUGAUGCCACCAGGCUUCCUCGAUGGGCAGAUCCGAGACACAACCGCGGGAGAAAGAAUUGGUGUUCCUGACGAUAUCGCCUAUGUCGUGAGCUUCCUCGCAAGUGAAGAGGGUCGUUGGGUUAAUGGUGCUGCUGUAAGUGCUAAUGGCGGUAAUAAGCUUGUUAUGUCUGCCCUUGGUUAA